AUGCAACAAUUUUUUACUAUGGGAAUGCCCGUGAACGAGUCGAGCCAAAGGGAUAUAUGUGUUGUUUGCAAUGAUAAUGCCAGCGGUUAUCACUAUGGAGUAAUGAGCUGUGAGGGUUGUAAGGGUUUCUUCCGACGGACUGUGCAAAAGAAUAUGGACUACACUUGCCACAAAGAGAAACAGUGCCCUGUCGAUCGAGUCAGUCGAAAUCGCUGUCAAGCUUGUCGCUUCCAAAAAUGUUUGGAUAAAGGCAUGACCAAGGUCGGAAUUUUUGUUUGA